AUGGCGCCUCGUCGUUCGACUCGCAUACGCGAGCAGGUACCCGACUUGCCGAAACCGGCAUCCAGUUUGGCUCAAGUCAGCAAAAGCAAGGGCAAGAAGCAGAGCAACCCUAAUGGGAUCGUAAAGAAGAAAGCAAAAUCUCCAACAAAGUCCAAUAUAAACGCACAAACAACCCAGGAAUUUGCCGUUCCCACAACCCCAAAGAAGAAAGAUCCCACAGAAGAUGGGGUAUCAAUGUCGAGAGAUACUAUCCCAAGGCUGACACCGCCGCCUCGACUUGAUCGACCAGUCGAUCCUCACAGGACUAAUGCGACGCUCAUGACCCCAAGAGGAAGUUCGGUGGUUGCAUAUCCUUCUGUCGAGGACGCAUCCCCAAGCAAGACUGCUUUACCGCGACCUACCGCAACAACGGGCAACCUGCUCGAGAAAGCGCUCGAGCAUCUAAUCGCUACAGAUCCACGCCUGAAGCCCGUUAUCGAGAAGCACCAUUGCCGUAUAUUCUCGCCCGAGGGGUUAGCUGAGCGGGUCGAUCCGUUUGAGAGUCUGAUUAGCAGCGUCAUCAGCCAACAGGUCUCCGGCGCGGCUGCGGAGUCAAUCAAGAACAAGUUUUUAGAUCUUUUCGAAAACACCACUGCAGCGGGAGAUGGUAAAAAAAGACGCUUUCCCACGCCGGCAGAGGUCAUGCAGCACGAUCUGCCCACGCUGCGGACUGCCGGAUUGUCCCAGCGCAAGGCAGAGUAUAUCCAGGGCCUCGCGGAGAAGUUUGCCGGCGGUGAGCUGUCCACAGAGAAGCUGCUCAAGGCGACAGACGACGAGGUCAUGGAAAUGCUCAUUGCUGUGCGCGGGCUGGGCCGGUGGUCGGUUGAGAUGUUUUCGUGCUUUGCUCUGAAGAGAACCGAUGUAUUUUCGACGGGGGAUCUGGGGGUGCAGCGUGGAUGUGCAGCUUUUGUGGGAAGAGACAUCAACAAGCUCAAGGCUAACGGGAAAGGCAAGUUCAAAUACAUGACCGAAAACGAAAUGUUAGAAUUGGCCGAAAAGUUUCGGCCCUAUAGGACUCUUUUCAUGUGGUAUAUGUGGAGGGUCGAGGACGUAAAUAUUGCCGUAUUGAAUUGA